AUGUGUUACUCUCUCUCUUUACAAUCUCCAAUAAACUUCCGUAAUCGUCACGCCCUGAAAAUCCAUGGAGAUCGAGCAGUUUUGAUUUCAAACUCAGCUACACUGGGAUUGCCGGAGCGAGAUCGUCGGGGAAAGUUGCUCCUCUGCCAUGGGAAAGGCGUACACUCGUUGAGAUUCGGCGGAAACGUUGACGUGAAGCUAUGCGGUAUUCCGCGUCAUCGAUUAAGAGUACAUUGCAGCGAUGCUCGCCGUAUGCCGGAAGAUCGGCACGAGGCGGAAAAGACGGCGGAGGCGGUGACAGUGACGGAUCAACCUGAUUUUUCGGAAUUUAUAACGUCGGAGAGGGUGAAAGUGGUCGCGAUGCUCGCGCUUGCCCUUGCGCUCUGCAAUGCGGACCGUGUUGUGAUGUCAGUCGCGAUUGUUCCUCUUUCGCUUUCUCGUGGAUGGAGCAAGUCGUUUUCCGGUAUCGUUCAGUCAUCAUUUCUAUGGGGAUACCUAAUUUCACCAAUAGCCGGCGGAACUUUGGUGGACCGCUAUGGCGGUAAAGUAGUAAUGGCGUGGGGAGUAGCUUUGUGGUCGUUGGCUACCUUUCUUACCCCUUGGGCUGCUGAUACUUCUUUGUGGGCUCUGCUUGCUGCAAGAGCUAUGGUUGGAGUUGCUGAAGGAGUGGCUCUUCCUUGCAUGAACAACAUGGUUGCGAGAUGGUUUCCUCCAACAGAACGUUCUAGGGCGGUUGGCAUUGCAAUGGCGGGAUUCCAGCUUGGGAAUGUUGUAGGACUCAUGUUGUCUCCUAUUCUUAUGUCUCAAGGCGGUAUAUACGGCCCUUUUGUAAUCUUUGGCUUAUCGGGGUUCCUCUGGUUGCUCGUUUGGCUAUCUGCUAUGUCAAGUGCACCAGAUCGACAUUCUCAGAUUACAAAGUUUGAACUCGAGUACAUAAAGCAAAAGCAGCAAACAUCUAUUAGGGAGAACAAACGAAACACCACAGGCGUAAUCCCUCCCUUCAGGCGCCUCCUCUCCAAGAUGCCGACUUGGGCUGUUAUAGUUGCAAAUUCCAUGCAUAGCUGGGGUUUCUUUGUGAUCCUUUCAUGGAUGCCUAUCUACUUCAAUUCAGUAUAUCAUGUAAACCUCAAACAAGCUGCUUGGUUCAGUGCUGUUCCAUGGAGUAUGAUGGCUUUCACAGGAUACCUUGCUGGUUAUUGGUCGGACCUGUUGAUACGGCGUGGUACAAGCAUCACUUUAACGCGAAAAAUCAUGCAGUCCAUUGGUUUUAUUGGUCCCGGGAUUGCUCUCAUUGGUCUAACCACAGCAAAACGGCCUUUAGUAGCAUCUGCCUGGCUUAGCUUAGCCGUUGGACUUAAAUCGUUCAGCCACUUGGGGUUUCUUAUUAAUCUUCAGGAUAUUGCUCCAGAAUAUUCUGGUGUUCUACAUGGAAUGUGUCUUACUGCUGGGACGUUGGCUGCAAUAGUUGGUACAGUUGGAGCUGGUUUCUUUGUAGAACUAUUGGGUUCCUUCCAAGGAUUCAUCCUUCUCACAGCAAUUUUAUAUCUCCUUUCUGCUCUCUUUUACAACAUAUAUUCAACUGGAGAAAGAGUCGAUUUUGACUCAGCAGCUUGA